AUGACACUUCAACCUCUUUUAGCAUACCAAUUUUUCAGUCCUCGUUUUCAGAGUCUAUGCCCAUCAAUCAGCAAUUCUACGAAAAACCUUAUCGCCGAAGAGAGGUGUUUUGGAGACAGUCACCUGAACAUAGAUGGAUCCAGCGAUCUCGAAAAUGCUAAACAGAAUGGAAAUCUCUCACAACAAGACAUGGUCAAUUUCGGCAACAGAACAAUGAAGAGAAAUCAAGAGUCGCUGCCUCAUUCCGAUCAGAAAAAAAAGAAAGUACUUGAUGACGCAACACAAGAAAAUGAGGAGCCUACUAGCUCCAGUGCGAUGGCUGAUGAAAAACAGUCACCAUCAAAAGGCAAAGAAAUCAGAAAAGAGAUACAACUAGAAAUGACUACAAUGUCAAAGUUUACUCAGUCGCCGAUAUCCAAAACCAAAAGUUUGAAGUCUAGAGUUUUGUCCAACAUCCAACAAGAGAAUUCACAAACCACCGGAGAUAUGGGGACUCAUAAGAUGUCACCGCCGGUUGACACGGAUGACCCAGAUUGGGUCAGUUCAAAAAUAUCAACACCUCCAGAACUAGAAAUCGAGAAUCCAUUACAAUCAGAUAUUCACAAGUCAUUACAAUCAGAUAUUCACAACUUACCGUCGGUUUUGGAAUUGCAGACUGGACAGAAAUUUAUUGUGAAUGGCAAGUUUGGAGAAGGCGUGUUCGGUAUCGUUUAUUUUGUAAGAGGAGAAGACAACAAAGACUACGCAGCAAAAGUCAUUAAGGAACGAAACAGGGUGUAUCUUGCUAUACCAGAAGAAGAAGCGUACGAAAAAAUUGCCGCAAAUCCGCACAAGAAUCUUCUCUUAUUACAUUUGAAGGGUUUAUUAAUCAAUCCUCCACCAACUUGCACCCAGAAAGUCUUUAUCACUCCUGCUUGUGGACCAUCGCUUCUUGACGUUUAUAAUAGACCAGGCGUCGUUCCAGCACCUAUGCCACUACCAGAUCAGUUACCGUACCCCAGUAUCCACCAACAGCAACAAAUCCUUGCCAAUCAAUUUCAACAAUGGUCUGGAGCAAAUCAAUAUGCUUCCACUUCGAGUGGUCAACAGUUCGGAGGCUUUGGUGGAUUCCCUGAUUUUGAACCACAAUUCGGCAUCUCGCACUCAAUAAAUUAG